AUGUCAGUUUAUAUUUGGGGAACUGCACCUUAAUAAGAAGAAACCACUACACCUAAACAAAUAAUCAUAAAUUUCCAAAUAACCAAAGUAUCAUGUGGAGAAGAACAUAUGUUAUUUCUAUCUAAUACUAAUUAAUUAUAUGCAUUAGGAACAAAUAAUUAUGGUGUAUUAGGAAUAGGAAGUGAUGAUUAUUCUGAGAGAUCAUUAACACCUUAAUUAAUAUAAUCAAAUAUUAUUGAUAUGGAUUGUGGUUGGAAUCAUAAUAUUUCUUUAAAUAUUAACAAUAAUGCUUUUGUUUGGGGAAAAGUUUUGAAUGAUAUCACAUAACCAAAAUAAAUAGGAUAAUCAAUAAGAUUUGUAAAAUGUGGUGCUAGACAUACUAUGAUGAUAAAUAACAAAAAUCAAUUAUAUGCAAUAGGUGCUAAUGAUUCAGGAUAAUGUGGUAUUUAAAACACUAAAAGAAUAAAUGAAGUCACUCAUGUUAUGGAUAAUGUUUUGACUGUAGCAUGUGGUGUAUCACAUUCAUUAAUAAAAAUUAAUUAAUAAUUAUUAGCUUGUGGAUCUAAUAAUUUAGGAUAAUUAGGUAUCUAAGGAGUUAAGAAUUCCUUUAAACCAAUAUUAGUUGAUAUUCCAAAAGUAGAUUAAAUUGCUGCAGGAAAUCAUUCAGCUGCAAUAAGUUGUGGAAAUCUAUAUAUUUGGGGAUCAGGUUGUUUUGGAACAUUUUCUAAACCUACAUUAUUUUUAAAUGAUAUUGUUGAUGUCAAAUUAAAUGGAACUCUUGGAUUAGGUGUAGAUACUUAAGGAUAGUUAUAUUCAUGGGGUAGUAAUGUAAAUGGAGAAUUAGGAGUAGGAGAUACAUAAACUAGAACAGAGGCAGUUAAAGUGUUAAAGAAUAUCUAACAUUUUGGUGUUGGAAUAAAUUAUGCUAUUGCUAUAUCUAGACCACCUUAACCUGUUACUACAGAAAAAGAAUAUUUGGCUAAGACUUUAUAGAUUGAAAGUGAUGAAAGAAGUGCUUUAGAAAAAAUAAAUAGAGAAUUAAAGUCUAAAUUUGUGGAAUUAGAAUAAUGUAAUAUUGAUUUGAGAAAACACUUAGAUGUCAAAAGUGAGGAUAUUGAUAAUUUAUAAGUUUAAAUUGAGAAUUAUUCAAGUACAAUUGCAAAUCAAGAAAGUCAAAUUAAAGAUCUUAAAUAAUAAUGUUAGAGACAUUAAACUUUUUAAAAGGAUGCUAUUUCUAAAUUAGAAAAAUAUGAAGAUUACAUUGAUAAUUUAGAAAAUUAAUUGAAGGUUAAAAAUGAAGAAAUUGAUGGUUUAACUAAUUAAUUAUAAAACUUUAAAGAUUCACUUAAAUAAUAUUAGGAUGAUGAAACUUCAUAACUAAAUCAAUUUAAGAAUUAAUUAAGUGAAUUAACUGAAUAAUUAAAUUAUGAAUAAUAAGUGAAUGAAUAAUUGGUAGAAUAAUACAGUAAAGAAAGGGAAUCAUUUCAAUAAAGAGGUGUUUUGAUCUAGUAAUAUGAAUUUGAAAUAGGAAAUUUAUAAUCUUAAAAUAAAACUUUAGCUUCACAAACAAGUAAUUCAUUCUAAUAACAUUAAAAAUUAUCAGAAGGCUUAACUAUUGCUAAUCAUAGAAUUGAAUCUUUAUAAACUUAAAAUGCAAAAUUAAUGUAAGAAUUAAGUUUAUUACGUACGAGUGUAUAUUCAGAUUUAUAAAAACCUUAAGCUUUAGAGGUAUAAACAAUUAUAGGAUUAAAUAAAGAAUUAACUGAUUUAAAUAACUAAUUAUAAAGUAAACUUAGAGAAAAGGAUGCUGAAAUUAUAAAAUUAAAGUCUCAAUUAGGUAAUAUUGGCACUCUUAAAGACAGUAGAUAAAGUCUAUCUUCUCAAAUGAAAACUUCAUAAUGUUAAAAUUAGUUAUCAUAAUAAAAUUUGAAUAUUCCAAAGAAACAAAAAUAAGAGAGUCCCAAUGGCAAAACUAUACAGGAAUUAUUAGAAUCAGCUCAUAAACAUGCGAAGUAUAUGAAAAAGAUUUUAAAAUCAUCUGAAAAUUUUGAAUCAGAUACUCCAAGUCCUAAGAAAAAACUAGAAUUUUCGAAAGAGAAUUCACUUAUUAAAAACGAUAGUUUGAGUGAAGUGAGAGAGAGACUUAAUAAACUUUAAUAGAAUAGAUAAUUAUAUGAAUAAAAGCUCAGGAUUUGA